AUGGCACGACGACGGACGAAGAAGCGUACCCAUGUUGGCGCUAAUAAUGGCCCCUCUGGCAGGGCAGUUCCAGCAAACAAGGCAGCAAAUUCGCCCAAGAGCAUGGUCAUUCGAAUUGGGGCUGGAGAAGUAGGACCAAGUGUGAGCCAGCUGGUGAAGGAUGUACGGCACAUGAUGGAACCCGGCACAGCUGCGAGACUGAAGGAGAGAAGAGGAAAUAGAUUGAGGGAUUACCUUACAAUGGCGGGACCUCUUGGUGUGAGCCAUCUCAUGCUCUUCUCGAGGUCGGAAACGGGCAACACCAACAUGAGACUGGCAAUUACGCCCAGAGGACCGACAUUACACUUUCAGGUGGAGAAAUAUUCGCUAUGCAAGGAUGUUAGGAAGGCAUUGAAGCACCCAAAAGGUGGUGGAAAGGAAUACUUGACAGCUCCUUUACUUGUCAUGAACAACUUUACGUCCCCUCCUUCCCAAGCAGACUCCGAUAACAAAGUGCCCAAACACCUCGAAUCCCUAGUCACCACCAUAUUCCAAUCUCUCUUUUCUCCAAUUUCACCGCAAACAACGCCACUCUCUUCAAUAAAGCGAGUUAUGCUGUUAAAUCGUGAGCCUGCGAAGGAGAACGAUGGAACAUAUACACUCAAUUUACGGCACUACGCAAUCACAACGAAAGCCACUGGUGUAUCAAAGCCACUUAGAAGAUUAAAUGCUGCAGAGAAGCUUCUUCACUCGCAAAAAUCAGGCAGGGGCAAGAAGGGCGGAUUGCCAAACCUGGGAAAGCUCGAGGAUGUGGCCGACUACAUGAUUGGAAACGAUGGUGAGGGUUAUAUGACAGAUGCUACGAGUGGCAGUGAGGUGGACACAGAUGCAGAAGUCGAGGUUGUCGGGACACGGACGAGGAAGAUCUUGUCGAAACGUCAAAGAGACUGUCCUCGGGUAGAUGGCAAAAAUAAGGGUGGUAGAAAUGGUGUGGAGAAGCGGGCUGUUAAGCUUGUGGAAUUGGGACCGAGAAUGAAGCUGCGGAUGACCAAGGUGGAGGAGGGAGUUUGUACGGGAAAAGUUAUGUGGCAUGAAUACAUCCACAAGACCAAGGAAGAGGUGAAGCAGCUGGACAAGAAGUGGGAGAAGAAGAGGCAAGAAAAGGAAGCGAGAAAGAAGAUCCAAAGAGAGAAUGUUGAGAAGAAGAAAGCAGCUAAGGGACUGGGUGCAAAGGAUAGACUGGAAGAUGACGAGGACGAAAUGGAUGUCGAUGAGUGGGACUCAGAGGGGCUGGAAGGGGAUGGCGAAAUGGAGUUGAACGAGGAGAUGGAGGAGAGAGGGGAGUGGGAGGACGAAGAAGAAGAAAUUGCAGCUGGUUGA